AUGAAAGGAAACGGCAAAAUUGCAUUCUGUGCUCUGUUACUAUUUACUGUUUUUAACAUCGAAGCAAGAAAAAGCAACAAAAUUUUGGAGGAUACCACCUUGAGGGGUGCGGCAAACAACUGGAAGAACAGAAACACAAACCCCAAUCAUGCCUGUACAUGCAAAUGUACAUUAAAAACACGAAACGGGUCUUUUAAAUUCAUUAAUUUUAGGAAAAGUAGGAAGACAAAUUACGUGAACAAUGCGGGACACCCAUCCAUAAUGCAACUUCCUGCGCGUCCUUCCAGGGAGAUAUGGAAUGAAGAUUCUCACAAAAGUGGAUUCACCUCGUUACAAAAGAGAAACGGUGUUACACUUGGUUUAUCUAUGCGUGGUGCCACCAGAUGCUCCUUUCUGUUUAACAAACUUGAUAGCUUCUGUGGGAAUUAUGAGCGAAGGAUGAACAGUUCCCAGAAGAAUUGCACAUCGGAAGGUUGCAACAUUGUUGCAUCCGAAAAGGUGGACUUGAUGUCGCUUGACUUGUUCAGAUAUAAAUAUGCCCUUCCUUUGGAUGAAGUGAGCACAGGAGGGGGGCACAGUGGGUGGGGGAAUAUUAAAAGGCGUGCCUUCUCUUUGUCUGCAUUGCCACCGGGCGGCGCCGCGGUUGUAUCUUCGCCGGCAGUGGACCCCACCACUACAAUCACGUCCACCUCGAAUGCCCCCCUCGCGCAAGGAAAUUUUUACGCACCCUGCGUAAUUGACAAGCGCGGCAUAGACGAUGUAAGUGGUCCCCCGCGCAGGACAACCUACGGGUCGCCCAUCAGAACAACUGAGUGUGGCAGUUGGGUUCAGUCUCCUCCUGAGGUUUGCAGAAAUAAUGGAGCCAAAAUUGGAAUGAAGAGCGGGGGCCAACCUGUUUUCGAACCUGCUACCAAAUCUUCUACCAAAACUGACUCUGAACUCACCGACGAGCCCUCCGAAGGUAGAGGAAAAAAAAAACGAGUUCUGUCAGAGGAGGCCAAGCAAAGCAUGCGAGAAAAACUUCGAGUUAUUAUGCGAAACAAAUGGAAGGAUCCAGAAUUUCGGAAAAGGAUGAUGAAGUCUUUUAAGAAGAGAGGCCUUGAACACAAGAAAAAAAUAUCGGAAACCGUGAAGAACAAAUGGAAAAAUGAUAUGAAUUAUAAACAGAAAACACUGGAUGGACAGCGGAGGUACUUCAUCAAACGAUAUAAAAACCAAAAGGUGGUUGCCAUUUCAGAAAAAACGAGGGAGAAAAUAUCCAAAGCUAUGAAACAAUACUGGGUGAACAAAAAUAAGUUUGCAAAAACGCAAGUUAACAAUUUGCAGCAUAUUCAGAAACGGAAGAAAAAGCACAAGAAGGUUUGGGAGGAUAUUUACUCCCUUAUAUUAAAUCAGAAGGUUGGCGACUUUGGCGGCUAUCAGUCGUCUUUGCACCAUAACCUGUCAAUCAAUUUGCAGGCAGCACUUAACUGA